UGGAGACUCUGUGAGAAUCCGUGAGGACCUCAGAAACGACUCUGCUGAGCCCAGAGGCCAUAUCAAGAUUUUUCUGACAGAGCCAGGAGACUGCAGCAUGGAAGCCAUCCUCCACUUUCUGGUCUCACCCCUCCCCACCCCAGUACUCCUGGCUGUGGUUAGCGUGGGUGCAGUGGCCCUGCUUUGGCUAAACACUCGGCCCGAGGCACUGCGAGCGCCUGUGGACCUGAACCAGCAGACCGUCGGAAUCAGGGAUGGCGCCAGAAAAAUCACUCUGCUGAAGGACGACAACCUGGUGUCCUGCUACUACGAAGAUGCAAAGACGCUGUAUGAGAUCUUCCAGAGGGGACUGCAUGCAUCAGGCAAUGGACCGUGUCUGGGGUACCGGAAGUCAGGACAGCCAUACCACUGGCUAAAAUACAAGCAGGUGCUGCGCCGUGCGGAGCAGCUGGGCUCAGGUCUGCUGUAUCAGGGCCUGACUCCGUCCCAGGACCAGUUUGUCGGCAUCUUCGCACAGAACCGCCCAGAGUGGAUCAUCGCAGAGCUGGCCUGCUAUACCUACUCCAUGGUGGUGGUUCCUUUGUAUGACACCCUGGGACCCGAGGCUCUGGUUUUCAUAAUCAACAGAGCGGAGAUCUCCACGGUGAUCUGCGACAAGCCAGACAAAGCAGAGACGCUGCUGGCAAACUGUGAAAAAGGGCUCACGCCUGUCCUCAAAACCGUCGUCCUCAUGGAUGCCUUUGGGCCAGAGCUGACAGAGAGGGGCCACAAGUGUGGGGUCACGGUGCUGUCUCAGAAAGACCUGGAGGACCUUGGAAGAGACCACCUACAAAAGCCAGCACCACCGGAGCCGCAGGACCUCAGCAUCGUGUGCUUUACAAGUGGAACCACAGGUGACCCCAAGGGGGCUAUGCUCAGCCAUGAGAACGUGGUGUCUGACGCAGCAGCCGUGCUUCGCAGCAUUGAGGGGGCCUUUGUCCCGGUUCCCCAGGACGUCUCCAUCUCCUUCCUUCCCUUGGCUCACAUGUUUGAAAGGGUUGUUCAGACAGCGAUAUAUGGUGCCGGAGGCAGGGUGGGCUUUUUCCAGGGAGACAUCAGGCUGCUUCCCGAUGACAUGAAGACGCUGCAGCCCACUGUCUUCCCUGUGGUUCCCCGUUUGCUCAACCGCAUCUAUGACAAGGUCCAGAGCGGCGCUCAGACUCCACUUAAAAAAUGGCUCCUGAAUCUGGCCGUGAAGCAGAAACUGAAUGAGGUCCGGCAGGGAGUCAUCAGGAACAACAGUCUUUGGGACAAGCUCAUCUUCUCCAAAGUGCAGGCCUCACUGGGUGGGCGUGUCCGCGUGAUUGUCACGGGGGCUGCCCCCAUCUCCCCCACUGUCCUCGACUUCCUCCGGGCCAGCCUGGGCUGUCAGAUCUUCGAGGGUUAUGGUCAGACUGAGUGCACUGCCUGCUGUACAUUUACACUGCCAGGUGACUGGACAGCAGGACAUGUGGGACCCCCAAUAACCUGCAAUGUGGUGAAGCUAGUGGAUGUUGAAGAAAUGAACUACUUUGCCUCAAACAGGGAGGGAGAGGUCUGCUUAAAAGGUAAAAACGUCUUCAAGGGCUACCUGAAAGACCCGGAGCGGACAGCCGAGGCCCUGGACCAGGAUGGGUGGCUGCACACGGGCGACAUUGGCAAAUGGAUGCCAAGUGGUGUGCUGAAGAUCAUCGACCGGAAGAAGAACAUCUUCAAACUAGCCCAGGGCGAGUAUAUUGCCCCUGAGCGGAUAGAGAAUGUGUAUGUGCGGAGUGGCCCCGUCGCCCAGGUCUUUGUGCACGGAGACAGCCUGCAGUCGAGUCUCGUUGGUAUCGUGGUGCCUGACCCAGAAGUCCUGCCAGACUUUGCUGCAAAGCUAGGUGUGAAAGGUUCUCUGGAGGAGCUGUGCCAGAAGCAGAAGCUAAAGAAAGCCAUCCUCUCAGACCUGGUGAAGCUGGGCAAGGAGGCGGGACUGAAAUCCUUCGAGCAGGUGAAGGAGCUGCACCUGCAUCCAGAGCCUUUCAGCAUCCAGAAUGGCCUGCUGACACCCACGCUCAAAGCCAAGCGGGCCGAACUGACCAAGUUCUUCAAGAGCCAGAUUGACAGCCUGUACGCUAACAUCCAGUGAGGCAAGAUGAGGCCAGGGCCACACAGGUGGGCGCA